CAGUGGGAGCCCGAACGCCCCAAGUCCUUCGGCUCGGCCCCUAGGCGGGCGGGUGGCGCACGCGGUCACGUGGCGGCGGCGCACGGGGCUAAAUAGCGGCGCCGGCCAUUUUGUGCGAGAGAAGUCGCAGCGCCGCCUCCUCGCUCGCGCCCGCGUCUUCCUGCCGCUCGGCUUCCGCCGCCGCCGCUGGUCCAGCCUCGCGCCGCCGCCUCAUUGAUUUCCGUUUCUCGCCACUGCAGCCUCCUGACACGGUGAUCCGGGCCGGCCCCGCAGGAAUUUUAUCCCCUCACCGGCCUCACACUAGUGUCGCAUGUCCACUAUCCAGAACCUCCAAUCUUUCGACCCCUUUGCUGAUGCAACUAAGGGUGACGACUUACUCCCUGCAGGGACCGAGGAUUACAUUCAUAUAAGAAUCCAGCAACGGAACGGCAGGAAGACGCUGACCACCGUGCAGGGCAUUGCAGAUGAUUAUGACAAAAAGAAACUUGUGAAAGCUUUCAAAAAGAAAUUUGCCUGUAAUGGUACUGUGAUUGAACAUCCUGAGUACGGAGAGGUUAUUCAGCUUCAAGGUGACCAAAGAAAGAACAUUUGCCAGUUUCUCUUGGAGGUUGGCAUUGUCAAGGAGGAGCAGCUCAAGGUCCACGGAUUCUAAAAUGAGCCCGAGUGUUCGGAGAGCAUCCUGAAGGAUUUUGUUCUCCCACCCAGUCUCGCUGUCCCAGGAGAUGAUCCUCUGCAGUAAAGGACGGACUUUUGGUUUAUUUAAUUGUUCAGACUUCCACUCACACCUGCAUGGCUACAGAAAUCAUGGGGUGUGUAGGCCUGUAACCCAUGAGAAAAGCACAGUGCGAUGGUAGUGAGCCCCGUGUUCAUCCUAACAUGUUUCCAAUGGAAAAUAUCCUGUUCUGAGUGUUGAUUUGUUUAUUGUUCAGUUUAUUGCAUUUAAUUUGAUGAAAUGUUUUUUGUUGUAUUAAACCAUGUGUGUUGCAGCUUAAAAAUAAAAAGAAUCUGCGGGUCCUUU